AUGCUGGCGACAACACUGGACGGUUGCGAUGUGCUGCUGGGACGAGAUUGGCUACAGCGAUUCAAUCCAACGAUCGAUUGGACGACGGGAGCGAUCACGGUGCUGAGCAACAAGGGGCGCGUGACACUUCCGAAAUGGGCGGAGCCGGAGCCGAUGACAACACGUGUCAACGCGAUCACGCUGAAGAGGGCGAUAAAACGGGGAGCGCAAGGCUACGCCGUACAGCUGUACGAGGUGGUGGCGUCCGAGAAAAUCGCCGACAUUGACACGCUCUGCGCUGCUGUACCCGACGACGUGGCGAGCAUAAUUCGGAGGUAUCCCGAAAUUUUCGCGGAUGACCUGCCUGACGGGCUGCCACCUCAGCGUCCGGAGGACCACAGGAUCGAGCUGGAGCCAGGCGCAAAACCAACUGUUCGGUCACAGUGGCGGCUCAGCCAACCGGAGCUCGACGAGUUGCGGAAACAGCUGGAUUAUCUGCUUUCGAAGGGUUUUAUCCGGCCGAGCACGUCACCAUACGCCGCCCCGAUACUGUUCACACCGAAGAAAGACGGAGGCCUGCGCAUGUGCAUCGACUAUCGAGCGCUGAAUCGGAUCACCAUCAAGUCGCGUUACCCGAUUCCGCGAGCGGACGACCUGCUGGAUCAACUUCGCGGGGCACAGUUCUUCUCGAAAAUCGAUUUGCGAGGUGGCUACCAUCAGAUUCGCGUGUUCACCGACGACUGCCCGAAGACCGCAUUUCGAACCCGCUACGGCAGUUACGAGUAUACAGUAAUGCCAUUAGGGCUGACGAACGCACCCUCGACCUUCCAGCUUACCAUGAAUGGGGUGUUUCGAGACAUGCUGGACAAGAAGGUGAUAGUUUACCUGGACGACAUCCUGGUGUACAGCAAGACUCGGGAGCAACAUUUACAGGAUUUGGAAGAAGUGUUCUGGCGCUUGCAGCAGAACCGACUGAUUACUAAGGGCUCUAAGUGCGAGUUCUUACAGCCGGAGCUGGAGUUCCUGGGGCACGUGGUUUCCUGGGAGGGUAUUAAAAUUGACCCUCGAAAAGUAAAAGCGAUUUCGGAGUGGAAGCCGCCCACGAACAUCACGGAGUUGCAGAGUUUCCUCGGCUUCGUUAACUACGUCCGCCGCUUUGUACCGAAUAUGGCGGAGGUAACCAGACCGUUAACCGAUCUUCUGCAUAAGAGCGUCCAGUUUUUGUGGAGGGAGAGAGAGCAGCUGGCCUUCGACGAGCUGAAGCAAAUUUUGAGUUCACCCCCGGUACUUCGCCUGGCAGAUCCAUCUCGACCGUUCGAAGUCGUGACGGACGCCAGCGAUUUCGCCGUCGGCGCUGUGCUACUACAAAACUUCGGCAACGGACUGCAACCCAUCGCGUACGAGUCAAGAAAAAUGCAGCCGCCCGAGCGCAACUACCCUGUACACGACAAAGAAAUGCUCGCCAUCGUGCAUGCAUUUCGUACCUGGCGCUGUUACCUCACGGGAGCUGACGUCACCAUUCGAACCGACCACAAGUCAUUACAAUACAUGCGCAGCCAGCCACAGCUCAACCCACGACAAAUCCGGUGGCUCGAUUACCUCGAAUCAAAUUUCAACUACACCAUCACGUACAAAAAGGGCGCCAACAACAUCGCCGACGCCCUGACACGACCAUCGAUGCAGACCGCAGCAGUACUAAUCGCCCACUCUAACCCUUUAUUAGCAGGAUUAUUCAAGCACGGCUACAGGAUCGACAGGUUCUUCAUGUCAAACUAUGCAUAUUGUGUUUGUGUAGGCUGCUAG